UAGGAAUUCCCUGCGACGUCACAGUCUUACCGAGAAACAUAUGCGAAAGCGCAUAACAAAAUGGCUCGCAUGAUCGGUGACAGACGAUCAUUUCUACAAGGCCACAGGCCUAAGACCGACUAUGAGCGAUGGCUCGAAGAGCAAAAUAAAAGUUAUCAGACCGCACAAACUGCAGAAUACCAUCCAUCGAUUUCAGGUGUUGAGAACCAAAAACCUGUACUCUCCCGCUUAUCAGACAAUAUACCGGGGGCCGAAACUGGCUCAACUCAUCCAGACGCCAUACAUUUACGGAAAGACGGUUCUCAUGGGUGGUUUAUACAUCGGUUGCAUACACGCCCGACCGCAAUGCAAGGAGCAGGUGCUAUCACUGGAAUUUCCAAUGGGCGAUUCUCCUACCAGCUAGUCCUACUGUUGGUCAUGAUUAUUGCUAUAUUGCAGAUGUUCAGGAUUUUUCGAAAACGACACCGUACGGCAAGCGUGGAUUUAACAUGCGUACCUGUCGGGUACAUCGAUGGAAAGCACCUCGUCUAAGC